UGUGUGUACUCUAUGAUUGUUAGGUUAAUCUAUAUGUUGUUUAUGUUCAUAGUUAUACUGCUUAACGCAUUAUAGUUUGCAAAUUACACACGUCGUAUUUAUUACUAACUUGACUCUUGAAUAUUGCGUGUGCUUGCUAGACGACAAUCUUUGCAUCCCUUCUAGCCACAGUAGUUUUGAAACUCAGGAAGUUUUUAUACAUUAUUUUGUAAUGAUUCUCAUCUGAAAAUGAUGGAACUUUUACAUUGUCUAGUUGUUUUGUGUGAUAGCAUGAAUUUCAGGUCAGCCAACAAGGGAAUGGUGGCAGCGGAAAGAAUGUCAACUAUUUCUUUUAAUAUCUCCUUGUGGACUUUGGUGGAGGUCAAACUUUUCAACUCGCAUACCGUGAUAAGUUCUCACGCGUCGCUAUACUAGAGCACUCGUUCACCCUUUUUGUGUUCUUGACGAGGGCUGGUUGGUACUGGUCGAUGAAGCGAGAGAUCCGCAUUUGGCGACUGCGGGAUCCGUUAACUUGAGCAUGUUUCAGUGAGGAAUUGGAACGUGCAUAAGCGAACAUAGAGCUUCCGAUGCUGUAGGAAUCGGCGAAUUGUGCUUCUUGUUUUCGAUGGUUGUCUAGGUUCCACCAAUUGAUACUCGGAGGAUGGAACAUGACUCGAAGUUAUAGAAUCUGCCAGAGAAUGCUGGGGGGCGUUUUCUGAGAAUAGAUUCAUAUCAGCAGCAUUGCAGACACACAGGAUGAUCGAAGCUUGUCAAUUGAGACUCGAGGUACUAGGGGUGCGACUGUUGGCAAACUGAAUGCCAGGCUGUACAGGAACCCAUUUAUCGGAGUUUGCACUCGGGAUUCUGUGAUACCGAUGCCUCCUCCUGAGACCUUUCGUGAUACAACGCAAUGGCUAGACUGAGAUUUAGAUGUAGACUUGCAGUGUGCCUGCGCUUGAGGGCCGCAGAAUUGUAAAAGAGCAGAGGAUCGGAUUUAUCGCGCAUUGCCAGGGUGCAGCCCAACAAGUUGUUUUUUUCCCUUUUCUACUUUCGAUUUGUAGAUCUAGUCAAGAUGUGGAAACUAUCCAAGGGGUCUGGGAACCGAACUGUGCCAGGCUUCAAAGAUUUCACCGUGAGAAAGGGUCACGUCAUUCUUGGAUUCGCCUUCUGUGUCAUUUGUGUUAUCGCAGGUCUCAGUUGCAGUUAUCGCUUGAGCAAUUCGGAACCUACUGAAGUCAGGCGUCUCUCGACGGGUUCACUCUUACCCCACCUCCGUAUCCUGACCUCGCAAGCUUAUAGCGACGAUGAAGUCCCAACCACUGAGAGAGCAUCGGAGAGCAUGGAUUCGAGGACAGUUGUGGAGUCCCUCGAAGAUGUCAAGCUCGGUGAUGAGAAUGAUGGAGUUCCCCAAGGGUGUGACUCAAAUGCCGAACUCAAAGUGUACAUGUACGAUCUCCCUCCAGAGUUUCACUACGGCAUGAUUUCGGCGUUUGAGCCCAAGAUAGGUAAAAUCUGGCCCGCUAAUGCAUCGCAGAUACCGCCAUAUCCCGGGGGGCUUUACCAGCAACACAGCCCGGAAUAUUGGCUAACCUCAGACCUUCUCACGUCCAACAUGCAGAAUCGCGAAGCUCCUUGCACUGCAUUUCGCGUUGAGAGGUGGGAGGAUGCAGAUUUUGUGUUUGUACCAUUCUUUGCGUCGCUGAGCUACAACAGGUACGGUAAAGUGACGGAUCAAAUGCUGGUGGAGGAGGGGAGUAACAUGAAACACUCACUGUACAAAGACAAGAACGAAGAGCUUCAGGCGAAGCUGGUUCAGUAUCUAGAGAAACACCCAGCAUGGAAAGCAUCGAACGGCAAGAAUCACGUAAUGGUGAUACACCACCCGAACAGCAUGCAAGCUGUGAGGGACCGCCUCCGCAAUGCACUGUACGUAGUUUCUGAUUUCGGGCGUUACGAAAAUGAGACGGCCAACAUUCGGAAGGACGUCGUUGCGCCUUACAAGCACGUGCUUCCCACUUUCACAGAUGAUUCGUCCUCCUUCCACACGAGAAGCACAGUCGUGUAUUUCCAGGGCUCCAUCGUGCGCAAAGAGGGAGGGAAGAUUCGUCAUGAGCUUUACGAUCUGCUAAAAGACGAGCCCGACGUUCAUUUCACCACUGGAAUUACCGCCUCUGAGGGGUUUCACAGCGCUACCCGUGGAAUGCGAUCUUCCAGGUUUUGCCUUAACUUGGCUGGUGACACCCCAUCCUCUAAUCGGCUGUUCGAUUCCAUUGCCAGUCAUUGUGUCCCAGUGAUAAUCAGCGACGACCUUGAGCUUCCCUUCGAGGACGAUCUCAACUACUCGAGCUUCUGCAUCUUCAUCAAUUCCACCAGAGCGCUGCAGCCGGGGUAUGUCAUCAACCUGCUGCGCAAUGUGAGCAGCGAGGAAUGGACCCUGAUGUGGGAGAGGCUGCUGGUCGUAGAGAGGCACUUUGAGUACCAGUUUCCCUCUGUGGCCAACGAUGCGGUGAACAUGGUGUGGAAAGCCAUUGCAAGAAAGCUCCCUGCCAUCAGAUUGACUAUCAAUAAGGAGCGGCGUUACAUGGCAAAGCCGUCCUGGCGUCGUAGUAAGCUGGGAGCCAUGUAAUAUAUGUAAUUCUGUGGUACAACUUUCUUUUUAGUGGCCAAUUCAAAUGUUUACGAAUUAUUGUAGAGCAGACGAUUGAAGGACAUUGCUUCACAUACUUAGCACGUCAAAUUUGUUGACCAAGGCAAAUUGACCAUUUUUUGGUAGAGCUAGGCACUCCAUUGAGUGCAUUUUAACAUUGAGAACAGAUCCGCUAAACGACGAAUUGUUUCUAUGUCGCAAGACAUAAAAUUCAACAAGAGGAAAACCUAAUUUCCUCUUUUGAACUUGUUAAAAGAGGAAAUUAAACGAGUACGUCAAUUUUGGAUGUCAAA